AUGAUAUCUCUGCAACCCCUCGCUAACCUCAAACCCGCCUCUCUGUACUUCCACCGCUUUUCUUCAAAACCUCGUACAAAAUUCAAACCCAUUACAAUUCACUCUCUCCUCCAGUACAAUCGCAAGCCCCAGCUGGCGGGGGAUACCCCCAGAGUGGUGGUAAUCACCUCCGGCAAGGGUGGCGUUGGCAAAACCACAACCACCGCCAAUAUCGGCCUCUCUCUCGCACGGCUUGGAUUUUCAGUCGUCGCCAUUGACGCCGAUGUUGGGCUUCGCAACCUGGACCUCCUACUAGGCCUUGAGAAUAGAGUGAAUUAUACUGUUGUUGAGGUACUUAAUGGGGAUUGCCGUCUUGACCAGGCACUAGUAAGAGAUAAGAGAUGGUCUAAUUUUGAGCUUUUAUGUAUUUCCAAGCCUAGGUCAAAGCUCCCACUUGGAUUCGGGGGAAAGGCAUUGAUUUGGCUUGUUGAAGCCCUUAAGGCUCGUGAAGAGGGGGCGCCGGAUUUUAUAAUUAUUGACUGUCCGGCUGGGAUUGAUGCUGGGUUUAUUACUGCGAUUACUCCCGCCAAUGAAGCGGUUUUAGUGACCACGCCGGAUAUUACUAGCCUCCGCGAUGCGGAUAGGGUCACUGGGUUAUUGGAAUGUGAUGGCAUUAGGGAUAUUAAAAUGAUUGUGAACCGAGUAAGGACGGAUAUGAUAAAGGGGGAGGAUAUGAUGUCGGUUUUGGAUGUUCAGGAAAUGUUGGGAUUACCUUUGUUGGGGGUUAUCCCCGAAGAUACUGAGGUGAUUAGGAGUACGAAUAGAGGGCAUCCCUUGGUUUUGAAUAAACCGCCUGCGAUAGCAGGGCUGGCAUUCGAGCAGGCUGCGUGGAGGUUGGUGGAGCAGGAUAGUAUGAAGGCUGUGAUGAUGGAGGAGGAACCCAAGAAACGUGGGUUUUUCUCAUUCUUUGGAGGGUAG